UGAUGUCGCUCUUUAACAAGCUACGAAGAUAAAACAGGUGAAACAAGGUUAUGUCUUUCUAUGCUGCGUUAAACAUCUGUUGUGUCAAAAUUGUGAAGAGACAAUCUGAAACUCGAGAAAAGAACGCGAGCUUCUGACAAUCAAUUAUGGCACGUUACUUUAGAGAAGAAGAUAUAGAUGAGUUUCGGGAAUGUUUCUAUUUGUUUGCUCGAAGCGGUCAGAUUCGUACACUUGAUGAACUUACCAUAAUUAUGAGAUCUUUAGGGCUAAGUCCAACUAUUGCGGAGUUAAACAAGUAUAUGAAAGAUAAAGGUGGAAAAAUGUCUUUUGCUGAUUUCUUGGAAGUCAUGCAUCUUCAGACUCGUGCAGAGGAUCUACCGAAAGAAGUGAUUAAAGCUUUUCAAGCUGCAGAUAUCUCUCACAGUGGCACCAUUCCGGCACGGCAAUUGGCACACAUGUUGCUUCACUGGGGAGAACAAUUAAGUAGCAAAGAAGUGGAACAAAUCUUCCGCGAGGCCAAUGUAUCUCUAAAUGGACACGUUAAAUAUGAAGACUUUGUGAAAAUAGCCUGUGCACCUGUACCUGAUUAUUACUAAAUAUUAUUAAAAAACUCACAUUGAUAUAUAUUCUAUUUAAUAUUUUUACUAGAUAUUUUUACUAAUAGAUGAAAAUGCAUGAAAGAGGAAAAUAUUUUAUAUAUAGAUACAAAAAAAAUUAAUUUAUUAUAUACUUUCAUAAAAAAUUGUAUAACUUAAAAAUGUGGUUAUGGGAUUUCCAUGGUUACUGAAUAUAAUAAAGUUUAUUUCAUUAUUUA